UUCAGUGACGCGGUGUGCAGAGGAGCUCUUAGAUGCCCUGCCUCUACCUCGCGUUAGUCAUACCUGUCUCACACGCGCACUUGUCACUACCUAACAGGAUUCUGCCUUGUCCUAUGUGUCAGCAUGGCUCUCUAACCGUGCGCACUAACAGAGCAAGUGUGAAUCAGCACUUGUGCUGCACCGACACAACCACUGCAACCAUGGUGCCUUUUACCUCCCUCUCUGUGCCUUCCGCUGCCAUUUCCAGCAGGAAUCGUGCUUCCAGUCUUAUCUCUCGUGUGGAAAUAAAACCUUCUGGCAGAAAUGUCUCUUCUGGCCGCCAUAAACCUCGACCUGGAGAUGUCUAUGUUGCCAGUUAGCACACUGCACUGGCGGGCGGAUCUCCUGAAGAUCCCUGCUCAUGGAAAUCCCUAUGAACAUCUCUCUUUGCCCAUGGAUGAUGGAGUGAACAUGCAUGGGGCUGAAGCAGGAUGCCUGGCAGGUGAUGGAUUAACAGACUGGAUGACUGAAAGAGUUGAUUUCUCCUGUUAUCAUCCUACGUCUGUGUAUCCAUCAUUGCCAGGCCCUUCAGCCUCUGAUUUGGAGAUCAUGGCUACUCUCCUAAAGAAGGAGCUGGAGCAGAUGGAAGAUUACUUCCUGGAGGAGACACUGUCUCCAACACAACCAAUGCCUCCAGAUCAAGUGGCCCCUUGCACCCCUCCAUCACAUGAAGUGCAUUUCCUCUUCCCCACACCAGACCAUCAGCUUGGUGGAAGUGAGUUAGAGUUUCAGGCCUAUGUUGAAGAAACAUCACCACCUGCUUCAGUCUCCAUGGAAACCCUGGAUUCUGGGUGUCUGGAGCUCUUGAACCUCUACUCUGAUGUUCCUAGUGAUUUCCCCAGAGAACAACUGCAGGAUCUGUCUGUGACGAAAGACACCACUGUCCCGCCAGAAUUCUCAGAACGACCAAACAGGCCUACACCAUAUGACCGUCCAAGCUGCAGUGCUUUUCCCCAACAAAAAGGUGACCGCAAGCAGAAGAAGAGAGAUCAGAAUAAGACAGCGGCAUUACGAUAUCGGCAGAGGAAAAGAGUCGAAUACGAUGCACUGGAUGAAGAGUGCCAGAGCCUGGAGGUCAGAAACAGAGAGCUGAAAGAAAAAUCUGAUUCCAUCGAAAGAGAAAUUCAGUAUGUAAAGGACCUACUUAUUGAGGUCUACAAGGCUAGGAGUCAGAGACUCCUGAAUAAUUAGAUCUCUGCAAUUUGUGCGCCAUGUUUUUUCCUGCCUAAAAACACUGCAUCAGAAUGCCUGGUCACUCCCUUUUUGUAGUCCCCGGUAAUGUCAUGGAAGUGCUGGCACGUUUCACAACACUUUUGGUGCAGGGUAGUUAAUAUUUAGUAGCUUUAUGUUGGGGUGGGGUUGGUUUUCAGCUUGUUGACUCUUUUGCAUUGUUUGUUAAUGAUUUUUGUGUAAUUUAGUAGUUGUGCUCCCACAUCCUAUGAUCUAAGAUUUGGCAAAAUACUUGCAAGAACGUGGAAUGUUUUUUCCCCUCACACGUGCAAAAAUUAUAUAUAAUAAUUUCUGGUAACAAAAAUACAAAGUACCCGAUUUUUCCAACAUUA